UUCAAAAUAAUUUUGAAUUCGUAGACGUCAAAAUCAAGUCAAAAACGAUAGGAGAAAAAACAUUUUCGAUUAAAAAUAUAAACGUAGAAAUAACACUGAUUUCCUAAAGUUCUAUUGAAAAGUUAAGAAAAGUCAUCAUCUACGCCCGUCUAGAAAAUAAAGAAGAGUACGUUUAAGAAACGAUAAUCGCGACGUAGUUUGAUUGUUAUUAUAAAAACUUAGCAUAAUUUGUGCAAAAUGGCCUUAAAUUAUGUUCGCCACAUGGUUAAAAUUGUAUCUUGUAACUCUCCAAGAGUUCAUUCGAAUAUACGAUACAUUAGUUCGACGACUCCAGCUCGACUUGGGUUGAUACCUAUGGUUGUGGAACAAACUGGACGAGGUGAGAGAGCGUACGAUAUAUACUCGAGACUUUUACGUGAACGGAUUAUUUGCUUAAUGGGUCCUGUAAACGAUGAGAUUAGUUCAUUAAUUGUUGCCCAACUUCUCUUUCUUCAAUCGGAAUCAAGUAAAAAGCCAGUUCAUCUUUAUAUAAACUCUCCUGGCGGGAAUAUAACAGCUGGUUUAGGAAUAUAUGAUACAAUGCAGUAUAUUACUCCGCCUGUAGCUACAUGGUGUGUAGGUCAGGCUUGCAGUAUGGCUUCAUUGUUGUUAGCAGCGGGAGCACCAGGUAUGCGCCAUGCUUUGCCCAAUUCUCGUAUAAUGGUACAUCAGCCAUCAGGUGGAGUGCGAGGUCAAGCAACAGACAUUCAGAUCCAAGCGGAAGAGAUAUUAAAGCUGAAAGCUCAGAUUAACGCUUUGUAUGUUAGACAUACAGGUUUAGAAUUAGAGAAAGUACAGUCUUCCAUGGAACGAGAUUAUUUUAUGUCUCCACCUGAAGCAAAAGCCUUUGGAUUGAUUGAUAAUGUCCUUGAACAUCCUCCGUCUCAUGCAAUGGAGAAUGAGGCUGCGGCUGCGGCUGCAUCUUCAGGAGCUAAUCCGGCCCCAACUAACUGAUUCUCUGAACUACAUUUUAUAUGGACUGAUAGAUUUCUCAUUAUAUAUAAACAAUGGCUGGGAUAAAUAAUUAUUUUUAGAAUAUAUCGUAAACCUCUGGCAAGGUAAAAAUAAAAUGAUUAUG